AUGCAAACGUCAAAGUUAUUGUUAAAAUGUUUCACAACAACAUUUUGUUUACUUCAUGUUUGUGGAGACAAGACUAUUGGUGCAAUUUUCGAUGAUGGUACAUUUUUAUUAGAAGCCGCGUUCAACAUCGCACUUACGGCGGCAUCCGAAGACCAAGAAAAUCCAUUUGUACCGAGUGUCACACGAACGCCUCCAGGAGAUAUAUUAGAAACGGAGAAAGCGAUGUGCAAGCUCUUAGAGAGUAAUGUAUUUGGUGUCUUCGGUCCAACGAGAAAAGGUUCUCUACAACACAUUCAGACGAUUGCUGAUUUUCUGGAGAUACCUCACAUUAUAGUAGAUCCAAUGGAAACUCAGAAUCGGAAUUGGUCUGUUGUAAAUUUGUUUCCCCACCACUUGGCUUAUUCACAGAUCUUUGCCGAUCUUAUAGAACUAAAAGGAUGGACAGAUUUCACAAUAAUUUAUGAAGGUGCUGAACUUUUACCAUUUUUCGAUAAUAUCUUACAAAUGCAAGAUUUAGAUACGGGUGAAAAAAUUCUAAUUAAUAUUGUCCAAUUGCCUGAAGGCGAUGAUUUCAGGACUCAAUUGAAAUUUAUAAAAAAGUCAGGGUCAGUGAACUACGUUAUAAAUUGUGCUAGAGAUAAAUUGCCGUUAGUACUAGAGCAAGCACAGCAAGUUGGCAUAAUGUCUGAUGACCAUAGCUACCUGAUAAUGAACCCAGACUUCCAGACGAUUGACAUAGACCCAUACAAACAUGGAGGGUCAAGUAUUACAGGGAUACGUAUUUUCGAUCCAACGUUAGACUCCAUUCAGAACUUUAUCAAGUCUUUAAAUGAGAAAGUAGCUGAAUUGUCUGAAAACAAUAUAGAAAACGCGAUAGCAGAAAAUGGUUUGACUGUAGAUUUAGCUUUGGUAUACGAUGCUGUAACUUUAUUUGUUUCAACUUUAAAUGCUAUGAAAUUAGAAGAGGGUUCGAAUGUCACUUGUGACGGAGGUGAAAGCUGGGGUUAUGGCUCUAGUAUUGUGAACUUUGCGAGAACAAUGGAAGUUGAUGGGUUAACGGGAAUGAUAAAAUUUGAUGAAGAUGGUUUCCGUUCAGAUGUUGAAGUAGAUGUACUUGAAGUCAUGAGCUAUGGUUUAGAUAAGGUAGGAACAUGGUCAUUAGAAGAUGGAUUUACUGAAGUAAAAAGAGACGUAACACCAGCUGAACAAGAAGGCUCCGAAUCUAUGAAGGGCAAACAUUUUAUCGUACUAACGGCACUGAGUGCACCAUAUGGAAUGCUCAAAGAAUCUUCAAAAAAACUAGAAGGCAAUGAUCGAUAUGAAGGCUUCGGUAUAGAACUUUUUGAAGAACUAGCAAAGAUAAAUGAAUUCAAUUAUACAUUCGAUAUACAAGAGGAUGGUGUUUACGGCUCAUACAAUUCAAAAACUGGCAAAUGGAAUGGCAUGAUGGAGAAAAUUAUGGAUGGAAGAGCAGAUUUCGCAAUCACCGACUUGACUAUAACAGCAGCUCGUCAAAAAGCGGUUGAUUUCACCAGUCCAUUUAUGAAUUUAGGUAUAACAAUAUUGUAUAAGAAACCUACAAAGGAACCACCAGAUCUCUUUUCUUUUAUAUCACCAUUUUCUAUGGGUGUUUGGGGAUGGCUUGCAGGAGCAUUUGUUGGAGUAUCAGUGCUUUUAUUCGCCUUAGGACGAUUAGCACCAGAAGAAUGGCAAAAUCCAUAUCCGUGUAUCGAAGAACCAGAAACUUUGGACAAUCAGUUCACUUUAGCUAACUCAUUUUGGUUUACAUUGGGCAGUGUGUUAACUCAAGGAUCAGAAAUUGCACCAAUAGCAGUGUCAACUCGAAUGGCUGGAAGUAUGUGGUGGUUCUUCACUUUGAUCAUGGUAUCAUCUUACACAGCCAACUUGGCUGCCUUUCUCACUGUCGAAUCUAAGUUUUAUGCGAUCAAGAGUGUAACUGAUCUAGCAAAUAAUCCUUAUGGAAUAACUUAUGGAGCCAAGAAAGGAGGUGCUACCUUCAGUUUCUUUAAGGAAUCGGAUAAUUUACUGUAUCAGAAAAUGUAUCAAUAUAUGGAAGACCAUCCCGAAUAUCAAACAGCUACCAAUGAUGAAGGAUUAGAGAGAGUAAAAUCGGACACUGAAAACUAUGCUUUCUUAAUGGAAUCGACAUCAAUUGAGUACAUGGUCGAAAGAAACUGCGAUGUCGCUCAAGUAGGCGGUCUUCUGGACAGUAAGGGGUAUGGCAUUGCUAUGAAAAAAAAUUCACCUUAUCGCCAACCUAUGAGCGAAUCUAUAUUGCAACUGCAAGAGGAGGGAAAAUUAACGAGAAUGAAAGACAAAUGGUGGAAAGAAAAGAGAGGAGGUGGUGCUUGUGCGGAUGACGACGCGGGCGGCGGUGAGGCUCAACCCUUGGUGUUGGCGAACGUGGGCGGCGUGUUCAUUGUGCUCGCCGUCGGCUCCUGCAUGGCUGUCAUCUGUGCCUUUGUUGAGAUGGUGUUCGACGUAUGGAUGAUAUCUCACAAGAUGAAGGUUUCAUUCAGAGAAGAAUUGAAAGCUGAACUGAAGUUUAUUUUGAGCUUUAGCGGCGACACUAAACCGGUUCGUCACCGAGAAUCCACAGGCAGUGGGUCAGGUGGGUCUAAGAAAACUGAAGAGAAGGCUGAUGGAGAUCCAGAAACUCCGGGUAGCGAAGGUUUACCAGAUCCAUCUCCAACACCACGCUCGGAGAGAUCAGGACAUUCUCGGCACACACUUCAUAGUAGGCGACAAAGUAAUGCCGUUCAGAUGGCUAAAAUGAGGAAAUAUAGUAUACGAAGUGGAAUAAAUUAG